UUUUCUGUUUGUUGUCCAAGGAAUUACGAGUCGCUAAAACCCCUUUCGAAACCCCCCAUGUCUUAACCUCGUCUUCUCUUCGAUUCCAUUUGCCAUUUCAUUGAGCGCUCAAUGCCUGGUAAUUUCACCUUCUAGAGAAGUAGAGAAACCAUAUUGCAACCCUAGCUUUCAUGGCGAUUUGGAGGUACAGUGCACUUAAAUCCAUGAAAGGUCUGAACAAUUUACUGUUGGCUAGAGGAUACAGUGCUGCGAUUGUACCAGGUCUCCAUUCUACUCGGCUUCCAAGGCCUGAAUGUGCUCAUCUAUUGACUACCGUUCGCCAUAUGCGAAGUCGAAGGAGUAGUGAUGAUUGGAGCAUGAGAUAUGAGCAGAGCCCACCAACAAACUGGGGCAUUCGUAUUGUUCCUGAAAAGAAAGCAUUUGUCGUGGAACGGUUCGGAAAGUACUCAAAGACCCUUGAGUCUGGCUUUCACCUACUAAUACCUGGGGUUGACCGCAUUGCUUAUGUGCACUCUCUAAAAGAAGAGGCCAUCCCCAUCCCUAAUCAAUCAGCUAUAACUAAAGAUAAUGUCAGUAUUUCAAUUGAUGGAAUACUUUAUGUGAAGAUUGUGGACCCAAUUCUAGCAUCAUACGGAGUUGAGAAUCCAUUUUUUGCCAUUAUUCAACUUGCACAGACGACCAUGCGGAGCGAGCUUGGUAAAAUUACACUGGAUAAGACUUUUGAAGAAAGAGACACCCUUAAUGAGAAAAUUGUGAAAUCCAUAGAUGAAGCUGCAACUUCUUGGGGUCUCAAGUGUCUGCGUUAUGAGAUACGGGACAUAUCUCCUCCUCCUGGAGUGAAGGCAGCUAUGGAGAUGCAAGCUGAAGCAGAGCGAAGAAAACGUGCUCAAGUGCUCGAGUCUGAAGGAGAGAGGCAAGCAUUCAUUCUGAAGGCAGAAGGAGAAGCUGAAGCGAUCCUUGCCAGGGCUCAAGCAACAGCAGAAGGGAUUUCUCGGCUUUCAAAUGCUCUCAAAUCUGAUGGAGGUGCAGAGGCAGCCAGCCUAAGAAUCGCUGAGCAAUACAUUCAGACCUUCGGUAAUAUCGCUAAGGAGGGCACCACACUAUUGCUCCCUAGCACAGCUGCCAAUCCGGCAAGUAUGAUGGCCCAGGCUUUAUCGAUAUACAAGAGCCUAAUAGGUGCAGGCCAGAAUGGUGCGCAAGAGAGCUCAGGUGCCAAGAAAAGUGGGGAUAACCAUGCAAAGCAAGCUGGGGAAGAUAGCAUUACAUCUACUGUUCUAGAUGCUUUGCCUGGUGAAUCCAGCUUCACGCUUCAGAGCCCAAGGAAGAAUCGUGGUUGAUUUAAUCAGUGUGAAUAGCUUGCAGCUAUUCAAUUUUGUUGGGUUUUAAUUUGGAGAUAUUCUUUUGUCAUUUACAAAUAAACCUAAAAAUUUGUCUGUGAAUUGCCAAUUUUGAUGUGGCCUGGGUAAGUAGUAAUAUAAUAGUUAUUGAGACGUUGAGCUCCA